CUGACCCUUUUUCUUUCAUUGACCAAUCUAGCUUCACUCGCUCUUGAGUCUUUCAUCUUGAAGAUUUUUCUUGCUUUGAACGCACUGCUUCUAGAGGCAUGACGUCGCGGUCCAUUCCCUGUUAAGCGUCUCCAAUUCGGCUCAGCAUCGGAGCGGCAAUGCCGCUCGACGGUAGCUGCAUCUCCACUGUGCACCAACAACAUGAGUUACUCGUAUCCCCAUUCGCACGGCCCCAGCUCUGGUAGCUACCGACCGGCACGUCAAGUUGACAUGAAACCGACGACGAUUUCCUCCCAUGUGCGAGAUUACCUGCCCUCACAAACACAGCAAUGGGCGCUGGAAACAAAAGAAGCAUUUCGAAGCUGGAGUGGGAUGUUGUCCUUGCUCGCGAGAGUCGCGCGGUGCAUUUUCAACGUCACAAAUGCGCUGGUGGUCCUAUGGGCUUGCACGCUGUGGUGGGGAGAGCGGACCGUUUUCCAGGACAGUGUCAAGGCGUGUGCAUGGGAGACUUGGGAGAAAUGGCCUCAAGAUGCCUCCCCACACCAUGUCGCAUUUAUCGCCGACCCGCAACUCGUUGACCCCCAUACUUACCCAGGCCGCCCGUGGCCUCUGUCCACCCUAACCGUCAAGUUCACCGAUCAGUAUAUGCGCCGUUCGUUCUCGUCCUUGCAGAAGGAGCUUGGCCCCGACUCGGUACUGUUUCUUGGGGAUCUGUUCGACGGUGGCAGGGAAUGGGCGACUGCAACCAGCUCCAGUCCAGAAAAGCGUUACAAGAAGUACAAGGACCGGUUUUGGAAGAAGGAAUUCCACCGAUUCACGAAGAUUUUCACGGACCCCUGGAAUGACGGCGAUGGACACUCGAGCGAGCCUUACGGGCGAAGAAUGAUUACGAGUCUACCCGGAAAUCAUGACUUGGGUUUCGGGGCGGGAGUUCAAAUCCCCAUUCGGGAACGAUUCCAGAGCUUUUUCGGACAAGGUAAUCGCGUGGAUGUGAUUGGAAAUCAUACCUUUGUCUCUGUAGACACUGUUUCGUUGAGUGCGAUGGAUCAGCCCGACCCGGAGACUGGCAGUUCGGGCGCUGGCACUGGGGAGGGAGACUUGCCAAAUCAGCGCAUCUGGGCGGAGACGGAGCAGUUUCUCAACAAGAUGAACGUACACCGGGGCCGUGCGGAGACGGAGUCGCUGCGCUUGAUGAGGAAUCAGAGUGAGGGGCAUCUUUAUGUGCACCGGGUCGUGGAUAUCUUGGAACCUUCAUUCUAUCACCGGCCACAACCGGAGAUUGUGGGUCUCCCUGCGAUUCUCUUGACGCACGUUCCAUUGUAUCGCAAACCGGCCACGCCAUGCGGCCCUCACAGAGAGCGUUACCCUCCGUCGGGCGACAACCUAGAAGAAGAUGAUCGCAACUCCAUUCCCAUGGGUCGGGGCUACCAGUAUCAGAACGUCCUGACCCCAGCCAUCUCGCGGGACAUUGUGUCGAAGGUCGGGUCCAAUCUGGUCCACGUUUACUCCGGGGAUGAUCACGAUUACUGCGAAAUCACCCACCACGAAUUCAGUGGGUCACCCCGCGAAAUCACGGUGAAGAGCCUGUCUUGGGCAAUGGGAAUCCGGCGGCCUGGGUUUGUCAUGACCAGUCUGUGGAACCCUAUCGACCAGACGACCGGACAGUCGCUGCAGUCAGCUGGGUCCGGUCGGACACUGCAGAACCACCUGUGCCUUCUCCCUGACCAGCUUUCGAUCUUCAUUUAUUACGGGCUUGUCUUUGGUUUCACGCUGGUUGUCCUCCUCCUUCGGGCGGUUGUUGUGGUGAAACGCCCCGCACAGGCUAGUGCCCCCGAGCCCAUCCUUCCUCUGUCGGAGAGUCACAGUCAUCCGCCGCAGCGCCCUGCCCGAUAUAAGAGCCCGUCUUCUAGUACGUCCAGCUCCACGCUCCCAUCCCCGCGCGGCUUGGCCAGUCGCGCCACCAACAAUCCUCCCCUGUACGCCACUUCCGCGAGUGCAGACAAGGAGGAGCUUGGUAGCGCCAAGUGGAAGCCGACACGGGAUGGCUCUGGGCGCCGAGCGGAUCGGAAGGCGACCGCAGCCGGGACGAUCAGGGGAGAAUUUGUCGCAUCGGUGAAGCAAGUAGCUGGGAUUGUGUUUGCGUGGUAUUUCUUUCUCAUCUGGCGCUGGUAGGGGCUAAAAGAUCUGGCUGGGUUGGUAUGCCGGAGUUUGUCGACAUGGCGAUUGUCUUGAUUCUACACAUUGCGGGGAGUGCUCGGGAUGAAAUCCACUGCGACCUUGCUGGACUGGGUUUGCGGUUUUGCCACUGGGUGAUAUCCUCUUAUAAUGAAGCAAGAAAAGCCAAACCUAUUCUGCAAUUGUCUCUACAUGGGUUCUCUGGAGUAUUUUACUCCUACAUAAACAGUAAACCAG